AUGACUUUCAGACGAGAUACAAGAAAUCUUCCAGAUGUAAAUGUGGAUGAAAACACUCGUAUCUGUAGUAACUGCAAUCGAUCAAUUAUUGAAGAGAUACGACAAGUAGAACUGAAUCCAGAGUGCUUAAGACUGAACGUCUUAGCACAGACAUCGUGGAAAACAUGUUUAUUUUGUAAUGCAGCUAAUAAUCUUCACAGACUCUCUGUUUCAAGUAGAGUAAAUGUAUUCGUUAUCAGAAAUAUUUACAUCCCUGAAGAAGUUAGAUGUUGUCAAGUACAUUUAGAUGAUGAGGGGUACAUUUUUCCGUACUUACUGUUAGGUUUACAAUUCGUUAACCGUCCUUAUAUCAUCAAGGGUACUCAGUUGUUACCUUUCUUACAAUGUCUACGAAAUGUAGCUAACAACGGCUCAGAGAGAAAGUAUAGUCAUGAAAAUAAUUUUUCUGACAAAGAGUUCAAAUCAAUAGCUCCUAUAACAAAAGAACAAUUCAGGGAUUUGUUUGAAUUUUGUGAUCCUGUUGUUGAUGAUACUCAAAUUCGAAAUAUUACAAGAAAAGACCUCAUAGCUUUUUUAUGUAAAUUGCGACAAGGAUUAUCCGAUGAAUUUCUACGUUUUAUAUUUAACUAUCCUUCCAGACAAAGCACAAGCCUUGCCAUUGGCAAUGUACGCAAAUCCUUAAUGCGACGAUUUGUACCACAAAAUAUAGGGUUUCAAGCAAUAACGAGGGAAGAAUACAUACGGCUGCAUGUAUCUGAUUUCGCAAACGAAUUAUACAAUGCAAAUCCUGAAUACCGUAAGGCAAUUGUAUAUCCUGAUGGUACAUAUGCUGAUAUCCAAAAAAGUAGUAACUUUAGAGCUUUACGUCAAUCUUAUUGUUUCCACAAAGGACGUCACUUACUGAAGCCUCUUUUAAUCGUUGCUCCAGAUGGAUAUAUUCUUCAUAUUUUUGGACCAUAUUUCUCAGAUUCUCGAAAUAAUGAUGCCGCAAUUCUGCGAAACGAAUUUGAACGAGAUGUUGGUCUAAUGAGGGAAUGGUUUGAAGAGGAAGAUAUUUUUAUUGUCGAUAGAGGAUUCAGAGAUGCUAUUCCGAUACUUCAUAGAUUAGGUUUCGAUUAUCGGAUGCCGCCUUUGUUGAAACGAAAUGAACGCCAAUUUUCCACAGAUGAAGCUAAUGAAGCUCGAUUGGUCACUAAAACAAGAUGGAUUGUUGAAGCUCGUAAUGGCCAUAUCAAAUCUAUUUUUAAAUUCUUUGGUGGAACUAUUAUUAUGCCUCAUGCAAUCAAUCUUCGUGAUUUCUAUCAUAUAGCAGGUGCAAUAAUCAAUCGCUAUCAUGGCCCAAUAACAAUGGAUAAUGCUACAGUGGAAUUUGCUAGAACGUUGCUGCAUAGGUUUAAGGAAAUUAAUGUAGUACAAGCUAGAGUCGAAGGUGAAGGUUUGUGCAGAAGACAUGCGCAAUGGAGGCCAUUACGACAAAAUCAUUUACUGUCAUUUCCACAUUUAACAUUGGAGUAUCUAAGAGAUCUAACAGUUGGUGUAUACCAGAUAAAUCUAGCAUCAUCUUAUAUACAGGAAAAGUUACAGAGAGACGAAAGUGAACAGCUUCAAGUAGAUGAAAACAUUAACGAACCAGGUUUUCUAAGGAUCCGCUUAUUUUCGAGAUUCACAAAUGCUGCGAAGCAUCAAAUAUUUGUAGCUUUUAAUAUCAGGAAUGAAGAUGAUGAUAAUGAUGAUAAUGAAGAAUAUGAAAAUAGUAUUACUCCCAUUCUUGGAUACUAUUGUACUUGCAAAUCUGGUGGUAGGACUCUCGGAUCUUAUGCACAUGUAGCAAGUGUACUUUGGUAUUUGGGACAUACAAGACAUCUCAAUGAUAUUAAGUAUCCAUGGACAAGAUUAACACAGGUAAUACUGGAUGCUGAUAACAGAUUAAUGCAGGAUAACUUAAAUGAAGGAUUCGAAGUAAUUGAAAUUGAAAAUUGA